AUGAUUGAGAAAGCGAAGGAAUUGGGGAAGCAACUUGACAUCACUGACUUCGCCUACUUGAGAGGAUGGAUACAGCGCUUCAAGGAACGACGAGGGAUGAGGAAGAGAAAAUACCACGGAGAAGUAGACAGCGCCGACAUGACAUCCGUACAGACAGGACGCCACGACCUACGCCAGCUACUCACAGACUACAACCCAGAGGACAUCUACAAUAUGGACGAGACUGAAUUCUUCUACCGACUCGGACCGAAUUACACACUCGCCACGGAAACUACCAAAGGAACCAAGAAAUCGAAAGACCGGAUCACCGUGGCAUUGACCGCCAACGCAACCGGAACUCACAAAUUUAAACCAUUCGUCAUCGCCAAUUUUCAGACGGCAAAUUAG